AUGGCGGACGGAGUGGGAUGUUUUGGGAAGACACAGAAAAAAAAUGAAAAAUCCCUUAAAAAAGAACGUCUAAGAAACUCCAAAAUACUCCUAGGAGAUAUAAGAGACAUUCAUCCUAGUGUACGUCGUCUUUAUGAGCUUGGACUCCCCGAAAAUCUCUCAAAAUGCGGCAGUUUUUUUGCGCCAUUUGAGUCCACUCCAGAAGAGUUUGACAAACUUCGUUUUCAGAGGCAAACUUUCCCUCAAUGGAAAGUCCAAAGAGAAUUCCAGAAACUCCAUUAUCGACAGAGAUUAAGGUUAAAGAAGAGAAAGAUUUACAUCUUACCAAUAGGGCCUUUUCCUAGCUUUGUUUUAAAGAAGAUUCUAGGUUUAGCGUCGUCGCUUUUUGAACUUCUUUCAAACUUUGUUUCCGUGUUUUACGCGGGAUUUUCGGUCGAAAUGUUGGAAGUUAAGGAUUUGGGCGAGAUUCCUUGUCAAACUAGAGUACAUCCAGGAACAGGGAAACUACAAAUUUUAGUUGGAGAUGUUUUGUCAUACCUAAAGGAACAUCGCCCAAGGGAUGGCUUUUGCAUUAUUGGUAUUUCUUGGCAAGAUCUGUAUCCAGGUGAUGAAUGGAACUUUGUUCUUGGUGAAGCAUCAUCUGAGGAUGGUUGUGCUGCAAUAAGCUUUGGUCACUAUGAGCCAAAACCUUCAGAAAAACUGUCUACAUUGAGAACCCUAACUAAUGAUAAAGCCAAUUAUAAGGCCAGCCAUAAGGCCAAUCAUGAUGAGAUGUUAGAAGGAAAUGCUGCAAAGAGUCAGAAUUUUGACAGCAAUAAAUUAGAGUCUUCUUCGUCAGUGGAAAAGAAGUGUGUGAAUAACCCACAUUUAACAAGAAAUGAAAAUGGAAUAAUUGAUGACAAAAUUGAUAAUGACAAUCUUAUAAAGCACUCAAAGAAAGAUGUGGAUUAUGUUUCAAGUAAGAAAAAAAAGGAGACUGAUGAUUUUGGGAAUCUUCAUGGACAAGAAUCUAACACUAGCACUAGACAUAGAUUCAUAAAUUCAAAAGGUAUUUCAUCUUUUGUCAAAAAUUCACUCAAUGAUUUACCUAUUGAUGGCAAUAUAAAUGAUUCAGGUGAGAAAAGUAGUGGCCAAAAAGAAUGCAGUGACCUUGAAAAUAAUUCUGGAAGAACAGAAAAAAUAGAUGUAUUUGAGAUCUGGAAAUUCUUUAGGGUUGUGAGUCAUGAACUUGGCCACAUAUUUGGUAUAACCCAUUGUUCUUACUUCUCAUGCGCAAUGAACGAGAGCACCACUAUUGCUGAAGCUGUCAAUCAACCUCUAUUCAUGUGUCCUGUCUGCCUGAGGAAAAUUCAGAAAGCUGUUGGAUUUGGUGUAGUGGAGAGGUAUAGUAGAUUACAGCAUUUUCUGGAAACACUUCACUCUGAUUUAUUACAAGGUUUGAGAGGUAAGCAUGAUAAUAAUAGUGAUCAUAUUCCUGGGGCUGAAAGAAAUGAUAUUGAUAAUUCUUUUGGGAGAGAAUUGGAAAAAUUAUCCAAAGCUGUUGAUUGGAUUGACUCUGUUCUCAACUUCCUAAAAGAUUAAUAAUAUUAUAAUUAUUUUAAAAGAUAAAUAUAUCUUUUACUAAAAUGAUGUAACAUAAAGAUUCUCUUAUACCCAAAACUUAA